UGGAGUGUUUUCAAGGGACCUACCUCUACUUUCCAGCUACUACAAUUUUCACCCUUUUCCCUUAGUGCUAUCUGCUUUCUCAGCAGCAAUAAUGCAGACCUCGUAAUUAAAGACUCCAGAAUAUUAUUCAUUGAUUGUUGUCCGGAAUAUUAUUCAUCCACUCACUGUAAAUUCAACUAUAAUCUCUGUUGGUCUAAGUAGACGUUUGCUCCUUUUAAGGAUUGGAUCAGAAAAUUGAAGAUACAAAACAGGCGAAAGAGAUCAAAAAGACAAAAUUUCAUGACUUUAGCUGAUCGACUGCAUUUGCAAUUCUCGGUGCUGGUUUCACUUGUUAUCUGAAUUUUCUACUUUAUAUGCGGAAGAUGGCUCAAAAUGAAAUCGAGGAAAUGUUAGAUCAGCUAAGAAGGAUCAAGAGUGGAGGUGAUCUAUAUAGCUUCAAGAUUGAUCAAUAUGAGAAACUUGAAAUGGAUCUAAGAUUGUUGAGAACCUUUAUAAAGUAUCAUCAUGUGCCUGAUUACACAGUCAUACUCACAAAGACUGCAAAUAUGAUGGUGGAAAUGCUUCGCUGGGAUUUUGUUGGAAUUCCCAACCUUAAUCUGGAAAAGCUAGAAUCACCUUUGUUGGAAUUCACUAAAGGUGAUACCAGUUUAAGUUACAAUUCUGAGUUGAAUGGUUCUGAUCUGUCGGAAUAUAUGGAUCGCCUCGGAGAGAAUCUAAAUGAUGUACUGAAGUACCACAGGGAAUGGGAAAGGUCUUCGCUUGAAAAAAAUCAAUUUAUAAAGAAAAUGGAAAUAGUUCAAAAGAAAAUGAGAUUUUGGAGAUACUUGUAUGCCACAGAGAUAAAUGGUUACGUUAACCAUGAGAAGUUGGAAUAUUUGGAGACUCAACUUCAGUUCAUGGCUAACAACGUGGGACAAUUUUGUCUUGCUGUUUUAGUUGACGUUGCUGAGUCUGAAGAUGAUAUCUUCAAUAAACCUCCCUAUCUAUUAUGUUUGAUUGUGUUAGUGAAACUGGAAAUGAAGAAGAUUUUUCUUGGUGAACUACAGGCUUCAAAGUUUACUCAAUCAAAAAUUUUCAAGGACAAGAAAUUACCAGAAGGAUUUUCACAUCAUCUCCACAGUUUGCUGAUGUAUCUUAAAAACAAAAAGCUCGAGAACUUUCCUAAUAUCGUUGCUGAAAAUAUUGAUCUGGCAAUAGAUUUCUUGUUGGUUUUCCUUGAUGCUGAUGUAUCAAAUCAUGUUAAUAAUGCUAACUGGUUGAAUGAAAUUAUGGAAAAGGUUGCAGCUAUAGCAUCUGAUAUUCUAUAUGUGAUUCAAAAGCUUCUUCCUAGAUCUAUAAAUAAAGAUGACACUAGCAAAAUAGAUAUUUGCUCGAUGCAGAUACUGGAGAAAACUAAAGAUCUGAAGGCACCAGUGGAGUCAUACUACAAAUCCUUAAAAUUCAUUCCAUCUCAGUUCCGCGCUGUUUGUGGACUGAGAUUUCUAGAUUCUCUUGUAAGUAAAUUGAAUGAGAUGUUGAAAUCUAAAUCAGAUUUAGAUUUCAUGAUGAAACUUCUUUUUGAUAAUUUGGAGAGAGAGUUAUCAUCUCUUACAUCCAUUUUAGAGGAGGAGUUAUCUUUAUCAUCCAUAUUCAGAGAUGUCGCAAAGGUGCACCAUGAACAUGAGAUUCUUAAAGAUUUUCAGAGGCGUACUAUCAGUUUGGCAUAUGAAGCUGAAGUUUCCAUUGAUUCUAUUCUUGUUCAGUAUAAUGUGUUUUGGCAUAUUUUUUGCUCACUUCCUACAAUCUUAAAAGAGAUCAAGCAAAUUAAUGCAAAGGUGACUGAGAUGUGGUCGGCAGACGUCGCUCUUAAGUAUCACUAUGUGGUAGAGCCAUCUAAACAUCUGCCAAGUCAACAUAGCAAUCCAGUGAGUGAUGAUGAUGAGAUAGUGGGUUGAGAUAGCACCAGAAAACUAAUUCGGCAUCUGACUCGAGGGACAAGUGAGCUAGAUGUCAUCCCGAUUGUUGGGAUGGGGGGACAAGGGAAAACGACUAUCGCUAGAAAGGUGUAUGAUAAGGACAUGAUUGUUUCUCGCUUCGAUGUUCAAGCGUGGUGCAUUAUUUCCCAAUCAUAUAACCUGAUAGAGCUAUUACAAGAUAUUUUUAGUCAAGUUACCGGUUCAAAGGAUAACUGGGAUAAGGAAGACAUCCUCUCUGACAAGUUGAGGAAAAACCUAAUAGGAAAGAGAUAUCUCAUUGUCCUGGAUGAUAUGUGGGAUUGUAUGGCAUGGGAUGACUUAAGCCUUUGUUUCCCUGAUGGUGGAAAUAGAAGCAGAGUUGUAGUAACAACUCGACUUGAUAAAGUGGGUGAACACGUUAAGUGCUUUACUGAUCUUAAUUUCCUUCCAUUCCUCACACCAGAUGAGAGUUGCAAAUUGUUGCAGAAAAAAGUGUUUCAAAAAGAAGAUUACCCCCCUGAACUACAAGAUGUAAGUCUAGCAGUUGCAGAAAAAUGCAAAGGACUACCUCUAGUGAUUAUUUUGGUAGCUGGAAUAAUCAAAAGGAAUAAAAUGGAAGCCUCUUGGUGGCAUGAGGUUAAAGAUGCUCUAGUUGAAUAUCUUGAUCAUGAGUCUGUAGAUAGUCUUUCAACUAUGCAAUUAAGUUAUGAUAACUUACCUGAUUACUUAAAGCCUUGCCUACUUUACAUGGGGAUGUUCCCGGAGGAUGCAAGAAUUCCAGUGUCUAAAUUGAUAAGUCUAUGGAUUGCGGAAGGCUUUGUGCAGAACAUUGAAUCUGGGAGACUGAAGGAAGAGAUUGCUGAAGAUUACUUGAUGGAUCUCAUUAGCAGUAACGUGGUAAUGGUUUCAAGGAGAAGAUAUAAUGGUAAAGUCAAAUACUGUCAGGUUCAUGAUGUAGUGCUUCACUUUUGCUUGGAGAAGAGCAGACAGGAAAAUUUUAUGCUGGCAGUGAAGAGGCAUCAUAUUCAGUUUCAACCUUCUGAAUGGAAGGGAAAUCGAGAGAGCUUCAGUUUCAGUAAAGAGCUUUCCAAAUUUACAUCUCUGGCUUCUAAAAAAUGGAAGCCUUUCCACCAACACUUGAGGUCAACUAUAACGACAAACCGCACAAAUUCUGAAUGGAAUCCCUUCCGUCAGGUUAGUGAAGUGAGAUUUCUUAAGGUCUUGGAUUUGAGUUCUUUUUCUGUGAGAGCUUUGUCGUCAGAUACAUUGAAACCACUAAUUCACCUGAAGUACCUCGCAGUUAAGGCAGAUAAAUUCCAUUUUAAUCCAGAACCACAUCUGCCACAUCUUGAAACUUUAAUUGUGAGUUCUUAUACCCAGUCUCCAUCGUUACCAGCAUCUUUUUUGAAAAUGAAAAAAUUAAGGCAUGUUGAGAUUUAUUACGCUGAGCUUGAUUUGGAAUUUGAUAAGCAGGGGACCUUUGAAGAAUCCUCCAAAUUGGAAAAUUUGAGGAUACUAAGGGGGGUUAAAUAUCAUGCUGAUAGGGUGAAUGUGUUAUUACGGAGGUGUCUCAAUCUUCAUGAACUUCAAAUCUCUUUUAAGGCCCAUAAUUUGUUUGCAUGUAUCAGUCUCAAAUUGGAGAGUCUUACCCAGCUUCGCCUUUCCUUUGACAGUGUCCUUCUAUCGGGGUUACACUUGCCUUCAAAUUUAAAGAAGUUGGUACUAUUCAAAAUUCCUAUAGAAAAUGUGAUGUCCUUCAUUGCAAGACUACCAUGCCUGGAGUAUUUCCAAUUACGGGAACUGCCUACUUAUCUCACUCUCAACAGAAUUUGGUACCUUGAAGAUAUCAAGUUCCUUAAACUUAAGCACUUGAAACUGGUGGACUUAGGUAUCUCAAGGUGGGAAGCCUCAGAAGACUCAUUUCCCCAGCUUGAAACGCUUAUUAUAAAAACGUGCAGUGAGCUCAUGGAGAUUCCUUUUAGCUUUGCAGAUAUUACAACACUGAAACAGAUUAAGUUGAUGUACUGCAACAGAUCUCUGAAGGAUUCAGCUGAGAAAAUUAAGAAGGAAGUCGAGGAGAAUGAAGGAUGCGACCGUAUAAACCUCAUCACUAUCGGAAUGCCAUUGUGGGUUGAGAGAUGACGAUUUGUACGUGUGAGUUCCAUUGUUGAGGUGAGACUUCCCAUUGUUCGUGGAGGUUUUCAUUCAACUUUAGAUCUUUUUAGAUUAUGUUUUUUUUUCGUUGGGUUUACAUGCCCGAAAGUUGAACUCAUGUAACUCUAUUUAGAUGCUCCAUGAUCUUAGUGUGGAAUUUGGGCUAGAGGUUUAUUAUUUAAAGUAUUGUUUUUUCCAUAAUUCGUUAUACAAUAACUUGUUGGAUAAUUACUGCACGUUUAAUGGGUAUUUCAUGCAUUUAGAGUGCAUAUGUUUUUA